AUGGCCGCCGCAGCGCCCAAGAAGAAAAUCGCCGUCAUGACCUCGGGAGGCGACUCCCCCGGCAUGAACGCAGUCGUCCGCGCCGUCGUCCGAACCGCCAUCCACCUGGGCUGCGAUGCCUUCGCCGUCUAUGAAGGCUACGAGGGCCUGGUCCGCGGCGGAGACUACAUCAGGAGGAUGGAGUGGCACGACGUCCGCGGCUGGCUGUCCGAGGGAGGCACUCUCAUCGGCACCGCGCGGUGCAUGGCCUUUUACGAGCGGCCCGGCCGCAUGACCGCCGCCAAGAACAUGGUCCUUCACGGCAUCGACGCCCUCAUCAUCUGCGGCGGAGACGGCUCCUUGACCGGUGCCGACAAGUUCCGCGCCGAGUGGCCUUCUCUUCUCGAAGAGCUCGUGUCCAAGGGCGAGCUUACCAAAGACCAGGUUGCGCCCUAUCAGCACCUGAACAUUGUCGGCAUCGUCGGCUCCAUCGACAAUGACCUCUCCGGCACCGAUGCCACCGUCGGCUGCUACUCGGCCCUCUCGCGCAUCUGCGAAAUGGUCGACUACAUCGAGGCCACUGCCUCGUCGCACUCGCGCGCCUUCGUCAUUGAGGUCAUGGGCCGCCACUGCGGCUGGCUGGCGCUUCUUGCGGGCGUCGCCUCGGGCGCCGACUUCAUCUUCAUCCCCGAGCGCCCUCAGCCGCAGGAUUGGCGGGAAGACAUGGGCAACGUGGUGACACGGCACCGUAGCAUGGGCAAGCGCAAGACCAUUGUCAUUGUCGCCGAGGGCGCCCGUGACAAGGACGGGACCAAGAUUACUCCCGAGGACGUCAGGGAUCUGCUGGCAAACAAGAGCGAGGACGGCCUCGGCCUGGAUACACGCAUCACAACCCUCGGCCACGUUCAACGUGGCGGGACGGCCGUCGCCUACGAUCGAAUGCUGGGGACCCUGCAAGGCGUCGAGGCAGUCCAUGCUGUCCUUGAGGCCACACCCGAGACUGAGACGUGCUUCAUCGCUAUCAACGAGAACAAGAUUGUGCGCAAGCCGCUAAUGGAAGCAGUUCAGGAUACCAAGGAGGUGGCAGCCGCGGUUGACGCCAAGGACUUUGAGAAGGCAAUGUCGCUGCGUGACGCCGAGUUCGCCGACCAGUACUUCUCUUACCUCACGACCACCAACGUCAUGGUCGCCGACCAUAAGCUUCCGGAAAAGAGCAGGAUGAAAAUCGGCUUCAUCAACGUCGGAGCGCCGGCCGGUGGCAUGAAUGCGGCUGUGCGAGCCGCCGUCGCAUACUGUAUUAGCCGCGGACACGAGCCCGUUGGCAUUCACAAUGGCUUCGCUGGCUUCGCUCGCCACCACGGUGACAAGCCCCUGGGUGCAGUCCGCCCCUUCAACUGGCUCGAGGUUGACGGCUGGGCCAGCAAGGGCGGGUCUGAGAUUGGAACGAACCGGGAGCUGCCGUCUGACUCGGGCAUGGAUUUGAUUGCCGACCUGAUCGAGCAGUACGGGUUCGACGCUCUCUUCAUCGUCGGCGGGUUUGAGGCCUUCCACUCGGUCGCGCAGCUGCGCAAGGCCAGGGAAGAGUACCCCUCGCUCUGCAUCCCCAUCUGCCUGCUCCCUGCCACCAUUUCCAACAACGUCCCGGGGACAGAGUACUCGCUGGGCUCGGACACUUGCCUCAACGAGCUGGUUAAUUACUGCGACAAGAUCAAGCAGUCCGCCUCGGCGACCCGUCGCCGGGUAUUCGUCAUCGAGACACAGGGUGGCCGCUCGGGCUACAUUGCGACGCUCAGCGGUCUCAACGUUGGCGCAUCGGCGGUCUAUAUCCCUGAGGAGGGCAUCAGUCUCGCGAUGCUCAACGCUGAUGUCAACCACCUCAAGCAGGAGUUCAAGAACGACAGGGGCCAGUCGCGCGCCGGCCGUCUGAUCCUGGUCAACGAAAAGGCCAGCAAGGUUUACGACGCUAAGCUCAUCGCAAGCAUCAUCCGCGAGGAGGCACACGACCGCUUCGAAAGCCGAGAGAGCAUCCCCGGCCACGUCCAGCAAGGUGGCGCGCCGUCGCCCAUGGACCGCUGCCGCGCGGUCCGCCUGGCCAUCAAGUGCAUCCAGCACCUCGAAGACUACGGCUGCCACGCGCACAACCGCGUCAAGAAGGACCCCAACAGCACGGCCGUCAUCGGCAUCCAGGGAUCGGACGUUGUCUUCACGCCCAUGAAGGACCUGGAGGAGCGCGGAACCGACUGGCCGAACCGAAGGCCCAAGACGGCACACUGGCUAGGCCUCCGCGACGUGGUAGACAUGCUCGGUGGCAGGCCCGACUAUCCCAGGCCGGAGCGGAGCUUGACCGGGCUGAUUGCCAAGGACACCAAGCGCGGCAUUGUCUGA